GCGGCUCUCAAAAUUGAUUACGUUCCAAGAAUCGCAGGAAGAAAAUAUUCCAUGUAGUCCACUGUUGCAAUAAGAGUAGGAAACCAGGAGAGGAUCAUCAAUACAAAGGCCCCCUCCAGUGGCUUCUGACUCUGUGCCAUGUCUUUGGAGAAGACCUCGGACCUGGCCAACCAGAACACUUGCGUCAACUCAUCGCUGACCCUCGACCUCCACUCCCCACAUAGCGCCUUGCUUGAUGCUGAGCUGAGCAAAAAGGGAAAAGCCAAGGGCACCUUCUCUUCCUCCUCCUCACCAAAGAGCCGCCGCAUCUACGCUUCCACCAAGGCCUCCGAGCUGCUCAACGGCACCAUGGUUGGCGUGGAGGACGAGGGAUCCAACCAGCACAGGGGCGAGGAGUGGGCCCGGAACCAGGAGAAUGAGCAGGGCCAUCGGGGGAGCCAAGAGCCUGGUGUUGGCAGCAACGCCAAGUGGGUCAAGGAGGGCCAGAACCAGCUGCGUAAGGUAGCCGAGAAGCAGCAGGACCAGAACCGCAACCCAAACUGCAACCAGUACCAGAACCAGAACCCAGACCCGAACCCUAACCAGAACUCUGUGCAGGGGGAGGAGCAGGGGGAUGAGGAGAAGACCCUGUCCACCAAGAGCCUGAGGGAACUGUGUUCUGAGCUAGAGCUGGAAGCCAAGAAUGCCGCAAACGAGCCACUGCUGAUCGACACGAUGGCGGUGCCGCAGUUGAAGGAGGAGGAGAAGGAGGAGGCAGAGGGAGAGCGGGAGGAAGAGGCCCUGCGUCCUGCUGGGGGGGAGAAGGACAUGGACUCUUCUUCUGAGACGCAGAGUAACAACGAGUCCCGGAAGGAGGGCAGUGGGAGGGCAAGGAGCGCCAGCCUGCUGUUCCAUGGCCGAAACGGGGCACCCAGUGAUGAGGAUUCCAGCUGGACCUCACUGUCCCAGGGCAGCACAGCCAACAGCUCCCCAGAUGGAGACACAGAGUCCUACUGGGACCGUAGUGCCUUUGAGACCGAUUCAGACCUGCCAGCAGGGUGGAUGCGGGUGAGGGACACAUCAGGCACCUACUACUGGCACAUCCCUACAGGCACCACCCAGUGGGAGCCCCCUUCACCCCAGGAGGAGGGCGGAGACCCAGAGAGGCCCUCCAGCACGUCCCCUGCGAUCACACCCAGUGAGGAGCCACAGCUGACAUGGAGUGGUCUGUCUCGCCCCAACAAGUUCAACGAUGGUGAGAUCUGGAAGGAGGAAGACGUGGCCUCUGACCAGAGCCUAAAGGAGUUUGAGGGUGCAACCCUUCGCUAUGCCUCCAUCAACCUCAGCUGCUCCCAGUCAGAGGGUCAGGAGAAAGUAAACUCUUUCAGCACUGAUCUGGAGGCUAAGUGCUUUGCCGUGCGCUCUCUGGGCUGGGUGGAGAUCUCUGAGGAGGAAAUGGCUCCAGGAAAGAGUAGCGUCGCUGUCAACAACUGCAUCCGCCAACUGUCCUACCACAAGCACAACCUUCACGACACGGCAGGCAUCUGGGGAGAGGGGAAAGACAUGCUACUGGUUCUGGAGAAUGAGACCCUGAACUUGAUCGACCCACUGGGUCAAACCCUGCUACACUCCCAGCCCAUUGUCAGCAUCCGUGUGUGGGGCGUCGGCAGGGACAACGGCAGGGAGAGGGACUUCGCGUAUGUGGCACGGGACAAACUGACUCAGGUCCUGAAAUGUCACGUGUUCAGGUGUGACACGCCUGCCAAGAACAUCGCCACCAGCAUGCACGACAUCUGCUCCAAGAUCAUGGCGGAGAGGAAGUCUUCCAGGUCCUGUCUGAACAGACUCAACAUCGACCCUUCCAAGCUGGUGGACAUUCCGUUCCAGGAGUUUCCUGUGCCAAAGAACGAGCUGGUCCAGCGCUUCCAGGUGCGUUACCUAGGUAACAUGCCUGUGGCCAAACCCGUAGGUAAGGAAUGCUUUGGUAUGGACACGGUCAAUGUGGCCCUAGAGACGGUGCUGAAGGCCAAAGAGCAGCACGAAUGGACACCGGUGAUUGUCAAUGUGGCUUCAGCCACGCUCACCAUACUGUCUGUAGAGGCGGAAGAGGUGCUGUCGGAGUGCCGCGUACGGUUCCUGUCCUUCAUGGGCGUGGGUAAGGAUGUCCACACCUUCGCCUUCAUCAUGGCCGAGGGCCCCGGGGACUUCAUUUGCCACAUGUUCUGGUGUGAGCCCAACGCCGCCAGCCUGUCCGAGGCCGUUCAGGCUGCCUGUAUGCUGCGGUAUCAGAAGUGUCUGGAUGCCCGCCCUCCCAGCACCAGCUCCUGCCUGCCCGGCCCUCCGGCCGAGUCAGUGGCCCGCCGCGUGGGUUCCAGCGUCAAGAAGGGGGUCCAGACCCUCCUGGGCAGUUUCAAAAGGUCUGGGUCCCAAACGCCCUGAGGGGGCAAGACUCGAGGAGCCAAAAACACGGACCACAGCUCACCCCACCUUUUUUAGGAACUCGCAGCACCCCCUCUGCCCCCACCCCCUUUUCAUCUUUGAGAAUGAAGACCCUUAUGACCUUCGUUAGUCUCUCUUGUCUCAAGAGUCAAGAGACACGUGUGGUUUCCAAGGCCGUCGAUGGCAGCACAAACUCUUUGUAGGCUGAAUAGUUUAGAGCGUUCCGGACUUUCUCUCAUUAGAACUGCUUGGUCCAGGAAGCUCAGGGUGCCAUCUUGUCUUUCUGUUGCCACGUUUGCUGGCUUUCUCCAAAGGAAAGUUUUGUACAUUUGUUUUGUUUUGGAGAGGGGUGUACAUCUGCAGUAUCAAAUAUCCCUCUCUGUGAUCCUGUAGGCUUUUAACAUUUGACUUUCUGUUAACAAAAAAAAAAACAGGCAAAAAAGAAGGCAAUUUGAUGAUGACACUUGAUGGUGAUCUUUUUGGACAUACCAACCACUGCCAUUUCCUGCUUUAUGUUUUGGCAUUUAUAUGUUGUUUUCAAUAACGGAACCCAGUGAAAAAUACUACUGGAUCACAGUGAGUGUUCGGCAUUGACUGGAAAGCGGCUCUUCAGCAGCUCGGAGGACAGGAGAGGGAAAGCACGGCGAGGGGGGGUGAUGCACUCCCCUUUAUAAUAAAGGUGUGCCCCUGUGUUUCUCCUUCAGAAAAAAAAACAUGGCUCUUCAAAGGAGUCCUAAAUCCCGAAGUCUGAAAGAGCAGCUUAACCAUGUCCUGCACAGCCUGCUGGGCUGAAGAGACGCUGCUGCUUUAAGUGCCAGGUACGCGGGGCAUUUUCACAAUAGCCAGGGGACCUCCAUACAGGGACACCCUGUGAAGGACACCUGAGAGGAUGCGAACAGUUAUCUGGACUAGGAUGGAAUGUUGAUUGUAAUUAUUGCAUUUUUGUGUCCGUUACAGUCAAUGUGUCACUGUGUCUGUGUGCUUGGUGUUCUUCUGCCAGUCCUUGUCACAGGUCCUGUGAAAAGUCUAUUCCUUUUUUACCAUUUAAAAACGGUUUUGUUUUUCUUGUGUAUGCCACAUGAAUAAGGAAACACUAGGAUUGAAUGGUGUAGAAGGCCUGUAUUCACUGUGCUUUGUUCUGUAAAAUUAUCACCAGGUAUGUGUCAGGUGGGGACGUUGGCAUACUUUUUCCUCCUAGCCUUUCGCUGUGUCUAAUUGCCAGAUAUUUAGUCAGCCUGCAGCUCAUUACUGCCACCUACUGGAUGGGAGUGGUGCUUGAGUGGGGCUGUAAGGAAUGUCAAUCUGGCCAGACCUGUGGAGUGUCAGAAUGGAAAAUGGAAAACUCUGUUCAUUGCACACUUUUUGUAAUAUGUGUUCACUGAGUUGCACAGUGUUAGGUCUCUGAGCGUCACAUUUCUUUUGUAAUGUAAUAAUGUCAUUGUCUAUGACAGACGUGCCCCUGUCUCAGAUUCCUAACUCUACCCGUGCUGACCAACAGCAGGAUCUUGAAAAAGUUCGUUCACUGUAGCUUUUAUUUAACAUAGUUAAUAUUUUUUAACAGUUGUAUCUUUUUGUAAAAUAAAGACUGAUAUAUUGUAGUCUUCCAAAAGAAGAGCAGGUUGUAUGUGGACUGAGGUCAGAAUAUCAGGGGAGCAGAUGGGAAUGUUGUCGGUGUACUGUAGUUUCCUGUAUGGUCCUUUCUUGUGAAACUCGCAUGAACACAGCCAAGUGCUUUUUUGCAUGCAAUAAUUUGACCAUCCUGUAACGUGUGGCCAUGUGGCGAAGAGAUGCGUGCUGGGACAUUGGAGUAGCUUGUGCUCUCCUUUUGCAGCUCCUAGUAGAGUUGAUGGUUUCAGCCAACCAAAUUGGUGCUUCCAAACGCUGUAAAAACCAACAUGGCAGAGGCUCUUUUUGUUGUCUCUUUAAGAGGCUCCAGUCUUGGCUCUGGAACACGGAGCAGUACAAUAAUUUUCUUACUGAAGACUGACCACAUGAAUGGUAAAAACAUGAUGUAAUUGGUCAGAACUGCCUCUGUGUCAUUGCAGAAUAAGUCGGUCCUGUUCUGCCUUGUUCCCAGGACUUUUUUUUUUACCUGAUAACAGUGGAUUUCCAUCUUGGAUUCCUCACAAUCUUAUUUCAGUAAAACAUGGCUUGCCUUGUACAGAGAUGCUGCCUCUUCUGGUUUUUUAAUCUGUAUUUUUUCAACAUGUCUUUU